CAACUUGGUUGUAUCAGUUCUAUUGGGGCUGCAGAGAGUUUCACAUUCAGUCAUUAGAGAUAUCGACCAUCAUCAUGACAUCAGAGUAUGAUGAGGAAUAUAACCUUGACUUUUUUAUAAAUUUGUCAAAUGUGACGACAAAUCCAGAAUAUGUCAGAGAUGAACAGGUUGUGUUCUGCGGGAAAAGCGAUGUCAUCCAUUUUGGUGCAGCAAUUCUCCCGACAUUCUACUACAUAAACUUUUUACUUAGCUUGUUGGGGAACGGGCUGGUGCUGUGUAUCAUCUACAAAUAUGAGAAGCUUAGCACAGUCACCAACAUAUUCUUACUUAACCUUGUCAUCUCAGACCUGGUCUUCGCAUCUAGUCUCCCAUUUUGGGCAGUGUACCACAGCUCUGAAUGGAUCUUCGGCAGUACCCUGUGCAAGUUGGUGGGAAGUUUUUAUUCCAUCGGCUUCAACAGCUCCAUCCUCUUCCUUACACUCAUGACCUUUGACCGCUACCUGGCAGUGGUCCAUGCCGUCACGGCAGCCAGGCACAGGAGGAGAGCAUAUGCGGUUGUAUUGUCUGCUGUCGUUUGGGUGCUCAGUGUAUUGGCUAGUAUAAAGGAUAUCAUUCUUCACAAUGUGAGAGACAAUCAGGACAGUGGUAUGCUGUGUGAAUUGACUGGUUUCUCCCAGAGUGUCCUCAUAAAGUGGGAGCUGCUUGGGUAUUAUCAGCAGUUUCUCCUUUUCUUCUUAGUGCCUCUGGCAAUCGUCUUGUACUGCUAUGUCCGCAUAACCAUCAGAAUCAUGUACACUCGCAUGGUGGAGAAGUACAGGGCAGUCAAAGUCAUCUUUGUCAUCAUCUUCACCUUCUUCAUCUGCUGGACGCCUUACAACGUGGUUAUCCUAAUACAAGCGAUCAAGACGUCCUUUGGAGACCAGAUGCAGUGUUCAAAUGCCCUUGACUAUGCCCUGUACGUGACACGAAACUUUGCAUACUUAUACUGUUGCAUCAGCCCUGUCUUUUAUACCUUUUUGGGCAAGAAAUUUCAAAACCAUUUUCUGAAACUUUUGGUCAAGCGUCUGCCAUCUCUGAAGACACCUGUACUGUCAACACAAAGCAGUAAAAGUACAUCAUUCAGGAGCCCAAACACUGAUUACUGAUAUUUUUCAGAAAGUGUGACCAUGGAGGAUGUGGUUAAUUUUUAAAGUGACAACUUUGUACCAUUUUGUAUUAAAAUUGUUACUAAGAGGACAGAAAAAGGAACAUUUAAAUUUUUGUAAAAAAAAAUAAAUAAAAAUAAGAAAACAUCCAAAUUGCAAUAUUUGCUUUGCUUUUUUUUUUUUUUUUUUUUGCAUAAAUCAUUAUAUGAAAUAAUUUCCGCAGGUAUAGAAAGAAUGUUUUAUAAUUCAUUUAAGUCCAUUUGUACAUACUCAUUCACACAUCUUUCCAGACAUGGAACUUUGUUGUUGUUAAAAUAAUAAUUAAAAAAUAUUUAAAGUUGAGUAAAGAAAAUAACAAAAAGCAUUUUUUUGUCAUUUGCUUCUGUGAUAAACGGUUAUUGCAAUAUAAUGUGCAUUGUGUAAGCCUUGACUUAGUACUAGAUGGUUUCUUGUGCAAUGUAGCAUCAAUGAUUUUCAACUUACUUAUGUGUAGCUUAAUAUUCUGCAUGGUUUUUGUGCUGAACUUGCUGAACAGAUGGAGUUUUUAAAUAUUGAUAAUCUGAGUUCUAUAAGUGGGGUAAAUUACUAAUUUUACAUCGCUGUUCAACUGCUUACAAAUUGUAACUCCCUGUCUUGCAAAACACAUCCUGUCUAAUUGACACUUAUUGACAUCCAAUGUUUAUUUUGAGUCUAUCAUUGUGGUCUGUGGCCUCCCUAUCUGCCAUAAAUAAAA